AUCAUCUAUUGUGGAUCAGCUGCAGAACUGUGAUAGGGCAGCUCAAGGCUCUUUCUGUGCAUGGUUAGCAGUGGGGACUGUGAAAACUGUUUGUGUUGUAGCCUUGUGAAAACAGUCUCUUCCUUCAGUGCAAAAUAUGUUGUUCUUGCUUUUGUUUCAGUUCUCCCUAAAAUGUGAUUUACAUGGUCUGCUUUAUUUUCUACUGUUUUGAUUCUGCUUCUCGUUCUGGGCACUAACUUUGCAUGUGUUUUCCUCGGUCAUGCUUUGGUUUCACCUGGUGCAUGUGUGUGUUUGCGAUACCACCAGCUUAAGAACCAUUUUCCGUGACACAGAGAGGGGGAGGAAUUGAAAUACCCCCUCAAGAUGUCUGAAGGUAGUUAGUAUAUGCAUUUUUGCUAGGUACGUGAUCUAGAGAAGGCAAUUUCUUAAUGUAAAUGCAGUUACUCCUGUACAGUUCUUAGCUCUUUGAAAUUUAUUCUAGAAGUCUGUAAUAAAACUAAAUUACUGCAUUCCAUGCUGGAAAAGCUGGAUGGGAGGCUUCCCGAGCUGCAUGUUUUGAAGGGAAGGCAGGAAGCUGGGUGUAAGCUGGAGACUGGACUGAAGGAUCAUUUUUACUUAGAUUCAGAUCAAAAGCAUAGUCUGAGCAAAAAAAGAAAAAUUAAAGCCUCUUUGAAUUGCUCUCUUUCUUAAACCUGUUGGUAUUCCUACUGACAUCUUGUUUAUCCUGGAAAUGAAUAUGAAAACUGGCCCUCUGACCUAGCUGCUUGUACAGCCCAAUUGAGCACUUCCUUGGGCUCUUCUGUGAACACAGUGCAGAUGGGGCUGGUGGUUUAACCUAUUCUGGCUAGUAAUCUAAUGAUCAAACAUGGGAUAGUUGCAGCUGGCAUCUUUCACCUUACUCUUAUCUCCCCAUCCCCACUCAAAACUGUGGUUUGGGAUAACUAAUGAUUCUCUGAAUUAGUAGCUGCUGAUGUGUGAGAACUACGCAUAAUGUACGUAACAUGUAAUUACAGCCUAAAAUGAUUAGAAAAUGCUGCUUGAAUCUUCUAGGAUGAGCAGCAACAUGAAAUAGUGUCAUACUCUGAUCUUCAACUCUGUUUUGUGUCUGUAAUGGCCUACAAGGAUCCAGUGAGGUGGCAGUUUUUGUACACCUUUCAUUUGGCAGUGUUAGAAUCUGUGGUGAACGCAGGCAUUGCCACAUCUGCUAUAUGCUUGUUCCCAUCCUCAAGAACUUGGAUAUGGUGAGAAAAGGAAGAAAAGGUUAAUAAUUUUGUGUACCUUAGUCUUAGUGUUCUGAAGUAACGUCCUUUGAGGGGGCUGGAAAAAUGCUGAUAAACCUUUUAGUAGGUAGAGAUCCUGUUGUACUCUCCAGUGAUAUGCUAAUAAUAGCUGUGGUUUUUAGGCAGAGAGGAAGAGAGCUGAGGAGCAUGCUUUGUCGCUAUCACUCCUUCCAAGUUUUUCUUUGUAGCUAUGGAGAAACAUCUCUCUAAGUUCAUGAUGUGCUUUCAGGAAAGCAGUUCUUUUAUAUACAGUUUUUUGCUACUUGUUUUCUGAGAUUGAGUUAGGGGUUGUGCUGCUUCUGUCUUAGCCUCUGCUUCUUGGUGUUACUGAAUAUAGCUGAAUUGGAAGGUUAACUUUUCUUGCUCUUCAUUACAGUGAAGUUGCCCUUUAGCCUCUCUCCCCCCUUAAAUGGAGAAUGCAAAAUGCCAGCUUACAAGUACUUUGCAUGGCGAUGGGAGAGCUGACUCUGCUCCUCUGUGCGUGAUGAUCAUUCAACAGGGGAAGCACUUCAGGAGUAGACAGGCCUAUUGUCUGAUUAGUUAUUUAGGUCAUCAGAGUAUCUUUUUCCCCCCUCUUUGCUGGCAGAACUGUGGCUUCAGGUUCUUUUUGCUUCUUCUAGUACUUUAUGUAACAGUUCUAGAUCCCUCCCUCAACAUCCCAUUGCCCUGAAGGAAGAGAGGGAGUUAAACAUGACUUUCUUUCCCCCUCCCCCGUUCUCCUCUGUCAGUCUUGUUGGGUAUCCAAACAAGUCUUUGGAACUUAGCUUGUCAGUCCUAUUUAUAGCUGAAAUAUUCAAAACAUUUAAUUAUUUCUGGCCUUAAAAUGAGCUACUUGGCAGUAUUUGCUAGUCAGCAGUGAGAAAGCAAUGAUGCAUUAAGUUCUGCAGCAGCCCCUUAACUUUCAUGUGAAUCUUGCUGUGAGUUAACUGCAUGGAGUAGGACUGAGAGGAGGAUUUGGGCUUAAAUCUAGUGAUUUUUUUUUUUUAAUUUAUUUUUAAAGUUGUGGAUGUGUCAGGUUUUUUGUCUUUUUCAAAUAAGGCUUGGAAGUUAACCUACUUUUUUUCUAUGCUCUGGAACUUAAUUUAUACCUGCCUACGCUCUCCUUGGUUCACUACACCAAAAUGAGAAGCACUUAAAUAAUUUGUUUCCUUUCUCUCUAAUGAAAAUUUCCUAGGUGAAGCUCUGAGAGAAUGCAUUAUUUUUAAAUGUGGUGCAAUGAUUUCUUCAUAAGACCUCGUUUUAAGCUUUUAAUUAAAGCUGCAAACUUCCACAGGCUGUCGAAGUACACCAGAAUUUCAAGCUGGAUGGUUUAAGAUCAGUGCAGUCCACUUCAGCUUGCUUUGCCAUUCAGUUGUGUGGAGAAAGUGAUGGUGCAUCUACACUCAGGGGGGAGAUUUAGGUCGUUUUGUGUGGCCACAGAUCUGUGUGUCUGUGGAUGAUCAGGAGAGUGGUUCAGGGGUGCUGAGAGCUGAAGAAGCAAGACUUCCACCAAAACUUCCACCAAAGUGUGGGCUUUCAAGUGAACAAGAUUCCAAGACUACUAGCUUGGAGGCUUAGGCUUUCUCAUGUCUCUGUAACUCCUUGAGAGAGCAAAUAGAAGGAAUACUGAUGCACCAUCUACACUAAAUGAAAGUGACUGAUUUAGCCGACUGUUUAUAGAGCUACUAAAGAGCAAACAAAGCUUAUUUUAAUGUGUCAGCUCCAGUGUCCAGAGAUGCCUAUAUGUGGUGUUUGUUGAUCAGAAACACACUAUAUCUAACACUAACUGAAUUUAGUAAUUAUGUAAUUUUUUUAACCUUAUGAAAGAGUGUGAGUGACGUGUUUAACCUGCUCAGGCUCUGUUUGGGUUGAAGCUUAAAGAUAGAUCUGAUGCUUGGGUUCGAUGAAUAUGUGGGUUCCUCCUCCUAAGCAUUCAAAGCAGGCUGUCUCUUUUAUUUUCAUAGCAUGCAAGUUGAGCUCUUGCUCCCAUGUUCUUACACUGGAGGACAAAUAGGUCAUCAGCUGCUCACUGUGCCCUUAGGGGAAGCAGGAAUUAGCUUUUGUUCAUUUUACUUCAUACUUUAAGAAAUGGGUUAUUUAGUUGAGUUUGUUCAAUUGAAAUAUUCUCUACCUACACAAGAAGUUACUGUUCUCAAAAUCUGGCUUAGCAUUUCAACAAAUGUUGCUUGUUUUGGAUACUUAGCUGUUGUGUCAGUAGUCCUGCUGUAGUGGUUGCUGAGCAGAAUGCAGAACUUCUGGGGAAGCUGGGCAUAGUUGGUUCCUGUGGCUGUAUCUGCUUCCAUUCAAGUCUGUCCAAUUUUGUGCAUUGCUUCUCCUGCAUCUCCUAGGGUGUUUGACCUGGCUUAGGAAGCUAUUGUAGUAGCUCAAAUUCUUAAUCUGAAUUAUUCAGGUUGUGAGGGGCUGAAAUAGAGUAGGGAGUGAUUAACAAAUUGCUAUAGUCAUAGGGCUGAGUGGACAGCAGGUUUCAGGGCAAGUCCAGUCAGUGAUCUUUCUGCAUCAGCUUCUUCCAGAGCAAAGAAUGUGACUAUAGUCCAAAGUACGUUAGUUUAGUAGUGCAGAAGCUUCAAAGAACGGAUGUACUGCUUGGAAAAAACUUAGCUGUGGCUUUCUGGGCCUGCUAACACUGCUCUAUAAAUGCCACAUGUUUUGUCAGAUGAGAGCUUUUCUGUAGGUACUGAAAGCCUUCGGUCCAGUGUUCUGUGCAGAUGGGCAUUUCCAACAUUGAGACAAGCCUUAUGCCGUGCUUCUGAAAGCACUCUUCUCUAAGUGCUUGUGAAUGAGUGCACUGGGACCAUAACCCCAUUUCUGGAAUGGAUCUAGACUUCCCCACAGUGUCAAGCUUUUUAAAACAAAAAAGAGCUGACAACAAAAAUUAACAAAAAGUCCACCCAAGGCAACAGAAUUCAACUACUUUGGUUGCUGCUUCUGCAGUACUGAAUGCCCUGUCAUGGAGACCUAUACAGAGAUGUUGCCAUGAGCUUGGUGAAUUCACAACUAUUCUAGUUGUCUAGAAACACGCCAGUGCAGGGAUGACCAUACUGGGAAAGCCACUGCUUAUACUUGGUUUGUUGGAGUACUGGAAGAACCUACAGCAGUGUGUGGCCCUUAGAUGAGGCUGCAGGACAAAUGCACAUAAGUUCUGACUUGGUAUUUAUGCACUAUGUCUGUGCUGGGAUAGGUGAGGAAUGGAAAAAAAACCAAUGCACCAAACCAACCAGAAAAAACAAGAACACCCAACCAACAGCGAGUAGUGCAGUAAGGAGUAUUCUGCAUUUUAUCAAUCCUGGCUUGACUUGACAGUGCUCUGCACGUUUCUUUUAUGAGCUACAUGCAGGCUCACUGUAAUGCUCCUGCAGCUUUUGAUGAAAAUUGGACUGUGGAGUGGGACUUCUCCUAAUCAUUGUUUCGAGACACUGCUAUGGAAGUAAUUCUUGGAAGUGGAAUGCAAUCCUUCUGCCCAGGACUCCGAAGCCUCCAAGGAAGCUUUCCAGAGUAUUCCAGUGCUACCUGAGACAGCAGCUAGCAAAGUGACAGGGUAAGCAUUAUGAGGAGGAAGAAGAGGAGGAUGCCCUACCUGACUCGGAUGUCAUGCCAGAUUCAGAUGACGAGGUGGAUUUGGAUAAGCCACGCCCCAUACAGAUUGUUCUCGCUCAUGAAGAUGACCAUAACUUUGAGUUAGAUGAAGAAGCAUUGGAAAAAAUCUUGCUUCAGGAACACAUCAAAGAUCUUAACAUAGUAGUUGUGUCUGUAGCAGGAGCUUUCCGCAAAGGAAAAUCUUUUCUGCUGGACUUCAUGCUUAGAUACAUGUAUAACAGGACUUCUCCUUGCUGGAUAGGUGGAAACACUGAGCCUUUGACUGGGUUUACAUGGAGAGGUGGAUGUGAACGGGAAACCACUGGCAUCCAGAUCUGGAGUGAAGUGUUUGUAAUUGAUAGACCCAAUGGAACAAAGGUUGCUGUACUACUCAUGGAUACCCAAGGUGCCUUUGAUAGCCAAUCCACUAUCAAAGACUGUGCAACGGUUUUUGCCCUGAGCACCAUGACAAGUUCUGUCCAGGUAUACAACUUGUCCCAGAAUAUUCAGGAAGAUGACCUUCAGCAUUUGCAGUUGUUUACAGAAUAUGGAAGACUAGCAAUGGAAGAAAUUUACCAAAAGCCGUUUCAAACACUAAUGUUCUUAAUUAGAGAUUGGAGUUACCCUUAUGAGCAUGCAUAUGGCUUGGAAGGAGGAAAAAAGUUCCUAGAGAAAAGGUUGCAGGUAAAGCAAAACCAACAUGAAGAGCUACAGAAUGUAAGGAAGCAUAUUCACUCCUGUUUCAGUAACCUUGGCUGUUUCCUGUUGCCCCACCCUGGUCUUAAAGUUGCAACAAAUCCAAAUUUUGAUGGGAGAUUAAAUGAUAUAGAUGAGGAUUUUAAGAAAGAGCUGCGGAAUUUGGUACCAUUACUGCUUGCCCCUGAAAACUUGGUAGAAAAAGAGAUUAGUGGAUCCAAGGUGACCUGUAGAGAUCUUGUAGAAUACUUCAAGGCUUACAUUAAAAUCUAUCAAGGAGAGGAGCUACCUCAUCCGAAGUCUAUGCUGCAGGCAACAGCUGAGGCAAAUAAUCUUGCUGCUGUGGCAGGAGCAAAAGACUUGUACAGUAAAGGCAUGGAGCAGAUCUGUGGAGGAGAUAAGCCUUAUAUUGCCCCAUCGGAUCUUGAGCGGAAGCACCAGGAUUUCAAAGAGUCAGCUGUCAAGCAGUUCUGCUCUGUGAAGAAGAUGGGAGGGGAGGAAUUCUGUCGGCGCUACCAGGAUCAGCUUGAGGCAGAAAUCGAUGAGAUCUAUGCAAACUUUGUGAAGCACAAUGAUGGCAAAAACAUAUUUUAUGCUGCUCGUACCCCUGCCACUCUAUUUGCAGUCAUGUUUGCCAUGUAUAUAAUCUCAGGACUGACUGGGUUCCUUGGUAUGAACUCCAUAGCUACCCUGUGUAAUCUUGUGCUGGGGAUGGCUCUUAUAUCCUUUUGUACAUGGGCAUACGUUAAGUACUCUGGGGAAUUCAGAGAAGUUGGAACAGCCAUUGAUCAGAUCGCUGAAGCUAUAUGGGAACAGGUGUUGAAGCCCAUGAGUGAUAAUUUGGUGGAGGAUCAUAUGAGGCAGUCUGUUAGAAACUCUAUCAAAGCAGGCCUGACCGAGCAGGUGUCUCACCAUGCCAGACUAAAGACAGACUGACAGUACAUCUCCUCUUCAACUCUGCCCUCUCAUCCUAGACAUGCUUGCUGUACCAUGAGAACUCAAUAAAAAAAUAAAAAAAUAAAAAUAAACCAAAGUUUACAAUCAACUGUAGAAGUAGUUUAGUGUGACUGGCUUCACAGACUGCUGCCAUCACCUGGGGAGAGUAAGUUUGUCAAGUGCUCUGCUUCCGAGACAAACUGGUGCCAUGGAGACUGGGGGUGGGUGGGAGGGGUGUGUGUUUUUAAGCAUAGUCCUGGUGAACCGUGCAUGUGUGCGUUUUGGGGUGUGUGUGGGGGAGGGAUCUCCCCCCCAGUGUUUGAGUUGAUGCAGUGUCUGGCUUACAGUGGGAGCCUGUCCUCUGCGGGAGAUAACUUCAGGGAAGUAAUGAUCAGACCAUGUAAGGGGUGCUGUGCUGUCCUCAGAUGUAUCUAGCUCUACAACACCCCCUUUGCCACCUCUAAGGCCAGAAUGUUUCUGUGUAUGGAGUUGGUGAAGCUAUUAGAGCCACUAUGUUAGAUAUGCAUCUUGCUUUACUGCCUUUUAUACCAGUGUUACACAAAUGCAUAUAUUGGUUCCUCACACCGCUGAUGGCAGAAUAGCUUGUAAGGGAGGCAGUGGGUCUGAGCAUCUGGUGUCUUGCCUUGAACUUGCAGACCUGGUCCAGAGGGAGGUGCAUAUCAGAACUGAGCUGUUUUUUUCUGCAGUUUAGCCUUCAUGUAUAUAAUAUUGCCAUUAAUUCUACUGGGGGAAGAAAUUCCAUUGAAAAACGUUGCCUACAGCUACCAAGCAAUGAGUUAGGAUUGUCUGUACAGUGUGUUUAGUUUUUAUUUUUUAAGAAAUCACAGAUAGGGCAUGUAUAUGAAAUAUAAAUAUAUAAAUACAAUUUUGUAUCAAAGUUUUGUAGUUUAUGGCAAAACCUGGUUCUGUGGUAGCUAAGUGCAGUCCCUGUAAGGGAAUGUUUGUGGCUCAUGUAAAUGUGUGAAUGCAUCAACAAUUUGAAGUUUUUUGAUAUAUUUGUGAUAUUUACCUGCCUUGAGCACUGCAAUCUCACCCCCUUGGGAAAAUCAGUGGGAAUGUUUGUUGUGAAACUCUUGUCUUCUGUUGCAUUUUAAAGUUAUUUCCUGUAAUUUAUUUUCAGUACAUGAUUAAAAUCAGUUGUGUAUAUAUGAAAUGAAAUUCGUGCUUAUUUUUAAAAGAUGUUUAAGUAUGUAUUCUACUACAUAAACUAUGUCAAAUACUUAUCCUGACAAUUAUAUAAACAAAUUGUCUAUUGUACUUCAUAGCUUUCUAUUGAAGCUGAUGUUUCUUUCAUGCUCGUCUCUGAAAGAUGACAUCUGUCUAGGUCCUAUCCCUUCCCUGUUUAGGAGAACUUUCUGCUUUUCUGAAGCACGCUUCUUGACUUUACCGAGUUGUUUGUCAGCUUCUGCCCUUCAACAACUGUAUCAUUCUGAAAUCGUUACAGGCUGUUUUCACUUGACUAAGCAUCAACUAAAGUGUUUUCAGAUGUGCGGAGUAUAAGGGCAGCUAAACAGUUAACUAACUGCUGUAGUUUCAGCUGGAAAAUGACUGUGUGCAAUAGCUUGUAUUUUAUUAUUUCUUCAUUCCGAAGUAGAACAAAUUUCCAUCAAUGUUUGAGCUGUAUCAGGCUCCCCUCUCAUCAGGGAGGGAAACGUACUUGUUUAAACUAAAGCAAUUGCACUGUGACUUUUGUACCCUAUGGAGCUGCUAGGGGUUGGUGGUUGUUACCUGUCCUACAGAGAUUAGGGCUCAGCUCCAGGUGAAUGAUGCUAAAGAUGAGGUAGGAAUGUUGCAUUUUAUGCUAUCUUCUCUCAAACUGUACAGAUUAAAUACUGUUAUUUAAACAA